AUGAAGAAUAAUGGCGACAUCACUUUUGAAAGUUUGACUCAAGUUUGGACCAAACAAGACAAAUGGAAGCCUAUCAAUGGAAUAUUUGGUAAAGAUGAUAUCAAGUUAAAAGGACAUAGAUGUGGUGUUGCUGGCAAGCUUUAUAAGUCGUUAAAGAAACGAGAGGCUGAAGAUAAGUUGAUUGUUAUUAUAAUAGACAAAUUUAAAACCUCCAAAACACGCAGCCUCUGUUUCUUUGAUAACAUGAAAAUUAUCAAUACAAAACUGUUUAAAGGUGUAGCCGUUGUAUCUUGCAAACAAUGCAACAAAGUAUGGCAAAGAGAUUCUAACGCAGACAAAAACAUGAUGUCGAUUUCAGAGUCAAUUUGGCCAGGAGAAAGAAGACCGGAUGUCUUUACGCCAAAGAAAAAAUAA